CGCAUCGUCGGUUCACGGCCGGUUGUUGUUGUGCGCCGAACGCUGCAGCCCGAGCUUUACGACUAAAAGCUUUUAUUCCUAAUUCAUGAAGUGCGUAAAAUUAUAAAUUAAAACGGUGUCUAAACUAAAUCAGCUCACAUUGUAUCUGUUUAUAUUUGUGCGCGGUCGGUUUCGACUCUUCAUAGGAAUCAAUGAAGUGACCCGUGUGUGUAAACACUAAGAACAAGAGUGGAUAUUUAUAGAGUGCUCGAGUGUACGCUGGAGUUUGUAACAUUUCUAGAUAUGUGUAUUAAUUAGUGCAAUGAAGUACAUCGUAGCGGUCCUGGCGGUGGCGGCGGGGGUUGCCGCGGUCCUGCCGGGCAACAAGCCGCGCCCGGGUAUACCAGGCGAGGAGCUAACAUUCCCCUCGCUCGGUAACGAGGAUGGCUUCAUCUCCUGCGGGCCGGGCCAGUUCCUCUGCCGCGACGGGUCCCGCUGCGUGCCCGCUGCGUGGCGCUGCGACGCGCGCGACCACUGCCCCGACGGCUCGGACGAGAUACACUGCGAGCACCUUAGCCACUCCGAGGCCACAAACGCCACAGACACGUCGCCCUGCAGCCAGGGGCAGUUCCGCUGCGCCACCGGGCGCUGCAUACCGGCCGCGUGGCGAUGCGACGGCGACACGGACUGCGGCCAGCGGGACGACUCCGACGAGGACCCCUUCACGUGUCAGAAGGAGUUCAAAUGUCCAAACAACACGGCGCGGUGCGCGACACCCCUAGGCGGGGUGUUUGAGUGCGUCCCUAUACGGUCGUUUUGCGAUUCUAUACGCGACUGCCGCGACGGUUCAGACGAGUGGGACAUCUGUGACAACUUCACGAAAGCCCAAUGCGGCCCGCUAAAAUGCGCAGAGGGGUGUAGACCCACGCAGGAAGGCCUGGCCUGCUAUUGUCAGGACGGGUAUCAGCACGUCAAUGGGAAAUGCGAAGAUUUAGACGAGUGUCAACAAGAAGCGACGUGUCCACAAUGGUGCCGCAACACACCCGGCUCUUAUACCUGCCUGUGUGCACCCGGGUACAAGCUGUCUGGUGGCUCAUGUAUUGCUGUUAACGGUAAAUAUCUCACAUUAGACGAGUGCCACCAGGAGACGUGUCCAGUGUCCACAAUGGUGCCGCAAUACACCCGGCUCUUAUACCUGCCUGUGUGCACCCGGACGAGUGCCACCAGGAGACGUGUCCAGUGUCCACAAUGGUGCCGCAAUACACCCGGCUCUUAUACCUGCCUGUGUGCACCCGGGUACAAGCUGUCUGGCGGCUCUUGUGUUGCUGUUAACGAGCCACCGGACGAGCCAGCGUCUUUGCUGGUGAUCACUCAGAAGGGUAUAUCUCGUGUCUGGCCCGACGGGCACGCGCCGCCCAAGAAGGACAACCUCACGCUUACGGCGCUGCAAGUCAAAGCUAUGGAUUUCGAUUAUUCUAACAGGUCUUUCUGCUACGUCCAUCACAACCUCAGUCGCUCUGGCAUCAUGUGCAUGUCGGUCGAUGACUUUUCAAAGAAAUGGCAACGCGACCCGCCCACAUUGUUCCCAUCUGUUGACUCGGUAAGCUUCAUGGCGCUGGACUGGGUGUCGGGCGCGUGGUACCUGGUGGACGGCGCGGCGGGCGCCAUGUUCGUGUGCUCGCGCGACCUGGCGCACUGCCGCCUGCUGCAGGACUCCUUGGCUAAACUCCGGGGGCUAGCCAUCGACCCCACACCGCCCCAACAGAACGAUAACCAGCCCCAUGGUUUCAUAUUCUGGUCUGUAUGGGGCGGUUCGCCGGCGCGCGUGGUCCGGACGGAGCUCUGGGGCGGAGCGCCCACGGACCUGGCGUCAUCUCGCCUGGUGUACCCCACGGCGCUGACGCUGGACUUGACUAAUAAGUGGCUCUACUGGGUCGACGCUUAUAUGGACAGCGUGGAAAGGAGUGACUACUAUGGAGGGAAUAGAGUCACUGUAUUCAGGGCGUACGAGUCUGAACGAGUAUCCCUUAUUUCAAACUUCGAAGCCUCCCUCUACUUACCCCAAUGGAACAACCAGAGCGUGCUGAUGACGUCACGCUACGCACGCGCACACGCACGCACGCCCACGCACACACAGAAGAUCAUACCUGUGUCCGCACGGGUCACGGCUGCGUUGGUGUUCCAUAGGCAGAGGCAGCCAGUCGUAUCGCACCCGUGCGCGGUCCACAACGGCGGUUGCACGCACAUAUGCGUGACCGCGUGGCGGGGAACGACACCGCGCGCGCACUGCCUGUGUCGUCACGGGUACAAGGCGGUCCACACUCACCCGCACCAGCCGCCCGUCUGUCACAGAGUUGACGUAGACCAGUACCUGCUAGUGGCGCGGGGCUCGCCGCCCAUAGUGCAGGCCAUAGUCCCGCAGCACCCGCAGUGGGAGGCCGCCGCGCCCGCCGCCGCCGCGAGGCCCACGGCCGCCGACGUGCACCUGGCGGCGGAAUACAUGUACUUCUCUGAUGUGCACAGAUACGAGAUUGUAAGGCAGAAACUAGAUGGCACCGGUCGAGAAGUGUUCAUAGAAGAAGACGUUGACAACUGCGAAGGGCUCGCCGUCGAUUGGAUGGGUAAAAAUCUAUACUGGACGGACGACGCACUUGGUCAAAUAUCUGUGGCGCGGCUAUCGGCGCCGAAGCAACGUAAGGUGCUCAUCAGGGAGCCACACUAUCACCCCAGGAGCAUUGUCUUAGAUCCGCGAAAAGGUGUUAUGUAUUGGUCCGUAUGGGCCAGCUCGUCGACCCCUAAAGGCAGUAUAGAGACUGCCGCCAUGGACGGAUCCGGGCGGCGCGUACUAGUCUCAGAAGAACUCCACUGGCCGAAUGGACUGGUUGUACAGUCGGACGAGCAGAUCCUCUAUUGGUGUGACACGUUCCUGAACAAGAUCGAGAGGCUGGACCUGGCCACCAACAAGCGCGCGACUAUCAUCUCGGCCCCCAGCGUAGACUUGCAGAAGCCGUAUGGCCUGGCUUUGAUCGACGGCGAUAUAAUAUGGAGUGAGCACGGCACCGGUAGCAUCAGGCGCUUGGGCGCCGACGGGCAGCCGAGCCCCGGCGCCAACGGCACCAUCCUGCGGCGCCUGCCCCCGCCCCUGUACGACAUACGACGCGUCGCCGCCGCAGACAGAUUAGGCGAUAUAAUAUGGAGUGAGCACGGCACCGGUAACAUCAGGCGCUUGGGCGCCGACGGGGAGCCGAGCCCCGGCGCCAAUGGCACCAUCCUGCGGCGCCUGCCCCCGCCCCUGCGCUUGGGCGCCGACGGGGAGCCGAGCCCCGGCGCCAAUGGCACCAUCCUGCGGCGCCUGCCCCCGCCGCUGUACGACAUACGACGCGUCGCCGCUGCAGACAGAUUAGGUCGCAACACGUGCUCGGACACGAACGGCGGCUGCGCGGAGCUGUGCCUGGCCGCGCCGGGCGGGCACUCGUGCGCGUGCGCGGCGGGGCGCGCGCCGGUCGCAGCCCGCCCCGCGCUCUGCGCGCCCGCCGCCGCGCCCCGGCCCGCGCCGGUCUGCGCCGAGGGCAAGUUCCACUGCGGCCGCGGACGGUGUGUCGACGAGCUGUACGUGUGCGACGGCGACGCAGACUGUCCCGACGGAUCUGAUGAAGACAGCUCACCUACUGGACCUUGUGCAAACCGGACAUGUACUGAUAGUCAGAACUUCAAAUGCGACUCCAACCGCUGCAUACCGAAGACUUGGAUCUGCGAUGGACAAAGAGAUUGCCUCGACGGCUCAGACGAGUCCGACUCGGCCUGCGCCGAGCACGUGUGCGGCCCCGACCAGUUCCUCUGCGCCUUUUCCAAGCGCUGCAUAGCGGCCGCCUGGCGCUGCGACGGAGCCCCCGACUGUGGCAACAACGACCGCUCUGACGAGGCCGACUGUAAAGCUACAGAAAACGCAGAAUGUCACCCGCUAAUGUUCCGCUGUCCGAACGGCGGGUGCGUGCCUUGGGAGUACUACUGCGACGGGCGCGCCGACUGCGCUGACGGCGGCGACGAGCAGCGUUGUCGCGGCGUCACCCCUACACGGGACGAGGAAGUUACGAGCAAGAACAGCGUGUGUGAAGAACACGAGUUUCAGUGUGCGAAUAAAGAGUGUAUACGAAAGGAAUUCCGCUGCGACUACCGUCCAGACUGUCUCGACAGCUCCGACGAAGCUAACUGCGAGUACCACCGAGCUACCACCCGUGCCCCCACCACCCCCGUUACAGAUGAGUGCGUCGCGCCUUCCUUGAAGUGUGACAAUGGUUCCCGCUGCGUACCGCUACUGCAACUGUGUGAUGGGAGUUAUGAUUGUGCUGAUGGGUCUGACGAAGCCGAUCGCUGCGGCGAGCCCAUGUGCGUGGCAGCGGCAUGCACACACGAGUGCCACCCCACGCCCAGCGGAGCGGUGUGCGCCUGUCCAGCAACGCUACAUCUGCAGCGCGACGGUUUCACUUGCUCCGAGCGACACAUCUGCCACGACUGGGGCGUGUGUAGCCAGACAUGUCAGCCGCAGAAGAAUCGCCACAAAUGCACUUGCUACGAAGGCUACGAGCUGGCUGAAGACGGGUUCACGUGUAAAAGCACUGAAAAAGCCACGCCUCUCCUGGUGUUCAGCAACCGGCACGAAGUCCGCGCGGUGGAACUGCCUUCCUUAACCUCUCGAGCGCUCAUCUCCUCUCUCAAGAACACCGUGGCUCUUGACUGGAAGCGGACGGGAGACCAGGUCACCUUAUACUGGACGGAUGUGGUCGAUGACCAUAUAUACUCUGGCACCGUCCAGGGGAUAGCUCUGAGCGAUAUCAAGGUGGUGAUUGAGCAGGGCGUGUCGACGGCAGAGGGGUUAGCCGUCGACUGGGUGGCGAAUAACCUCUACUGGGUCGAGGGCACGCUGCGGCAGAUUGAGGUGGCACGGCUAGACGGCCGGUACCGACGCACUCUGGUGUCGGGCGAUAUGGAAAGCCCACGCGCCAUAGCACUGGAUCCCAAACAUGGUUACCUAUUCUGGAGUGACUGGGAGCAAUCGGCGCCGCGUAUAGAGCGGUGCAGCAUGGCCGGCACAAGCCGCGCAACUGUCGUGCACGUCGAUGAGAUAGCGGACGGCGCGUGGCCCAACGGCAUCACGCUGGACCACGUGGCCAUCAGGCUCUACUGGAUCGACGCCAAAUCGGACUCGAUCCACACAACUCUGUACGACGGAACUGGCUACCAGCUCGUCCUGCGCGGACACGCGAUGCUCUCCCAUCCCUUCGCUGUAACUCUGUUCGAGUCGCACGUCUAUUGGACUGAUUGGAGGAGCAACAGUGUAAUGCGCGCCAAUAAGUGGAACGGGAGCGACGUGCAAGUCGUGCAGAGGACCAUGAUGCAGCCUUUUGAUAUUAAGGUGAUCCACCCAAGCCGCCAGCCGCCCCUACUUUUCAACCCCUGCGCCAUCGACAACGGCAACUGCACACACCUGUGUCUCAUCGACGGACCGAACGUGCGCGUGUGUGCGUGCCCGCACGUCAUGCGAUUGGCUAAAGAUAAUGUCACUUGCGAAGUACACGAGAAAGUGGUGGUGGUCGGCAGAGCGGGCUCCAUUCGCGGCUUAGACCUGGACGCGCCUUCCCAACCCGUCAUACCUGCUGUAUGGGGCGCGCAGCUCGCCGCACCACGCGCCUUAGCCGCGUUAACAUCACAACGCCUGCUGUACUGGAGCGAUGCUGAGACGAACGAGAUAAAACGCACUCGCCUUACCGGCGGCACAGCUGAGACCGUAGUGGAAGCGGCCGGUGUUGGAGGUGCCCUGGCUUUAGACUGGGCCGCUAAAGUGCUGUACUACGCUGUGCAAGCCCAACUGUGGGCCGCUGGACCGUUAGGGGAGAGGGCUUCUCCGCUCUGCGCCGCUGCUAAUGUCACCGCUAUUGCCGUGGAUGUACAAAGGGGCAAACUGUACUGGGCGGUGUCGAGCACUGGCGACGGCGUCGGCGCGAAAAUGGAAGCCGCAGCUAGCGACUGUAGCGAACGACGAAUCAUCAUCGACGCCACGCGCGACCCUUUACUGGCUGGGGUCCAUAGUUUGACGGUGGAGCCAAAGACCGGGUGGUUGUACUGGGUCAAUCUCGCCUCUGCUUCUAUUCAGUACAUAGAUGUCAAAACUGGUGAAUUCUUUACAGUGGAGCUAGCAACGGGUGCGCGUCCCCUGGCCCUGGACAUCCAUUUCGACCGGCUGCUGUGGGCUGACGGGGAAGGCUUGAAGGCCUGCCGCCUGCCCCGAGAGCGGAGCCAGGCCGCGCAGGCCUGCGUGGAUUCGGAGGUGCUUAGAGCUAACACUGAGAACGUGCUAUCUCUCCGCGUAUACGACGCCGCGAGCCAGAACUACACGCGGGGCGCAUGCGCGCUCCGAGCGCCCGCGUCUGCGUGCGCGCACCUGUGCCUGCCCGUGUCGGACACGCGCAGCCGCUGUGUGUGCGCGGCCGGGUACACGGCUAACGGGACACAGUGCAUUCCUGAAGACGAAAUCUUGGUGUACUCGCUGAGCUGGGAGAUCCGCGCGCUGUCGCUGACGGCGCCGGCGCGGACCGUGCUGCCGCCCGUCGCGCAGCCCGCGCUCUGCACCGCGCUCGACUAUCGUGCAGACGGUGACUGGAUAUACUGGGCGGACUCUGAAAGCGGCGCAGUGGCGCGCGCUCGUCGCGACGGCACCGGGCGAGCGGCGUUGGUAUCUCAGCCGGAACCACUCGAUGCGCAGCCUGUGGACUGGCUUUCUGGCCUCGCUGUAGAUUGGGUCGCUGGCAACAUCUACUGGUCCGACCCCCGCCGCAACCUGGUUGAAGUCGCGCGAGCAAAUGGCGAUCACCGCUACGUUCUCAUCGAUACCGAUCCGCUAGCUGUCACAACCUUAGCAGUGGACGCUGUCCGCGGUUGGCUGUUCUUGUCCGGCGGGGGAUGGAUCCAACGCUCACGGCUCGAUGGCUCGCAACGGGAGCUUUUAUACAAUGGCACUGCAGUCGCCGAUAUCGCUUUGGACUCUGAGAGCGAGAUGGUAUACUGGGCGGACACGUUCGACGUCUCCCUCUGGCGCAUGCGCUACGACGGCCGCUCCCGCGCCUGCGUCGCGCGCGGCGACCCGCUGCGGCACCCCGCCGCCGUGGCCGUGCACGCAGCCCGACUUUACUGGAUAGACACCAUGUGGAAACGGGGCUGCAUUCUCUCUGCGCCGCUCACUAACAUCAGCGACUACGAAGUCCUACUGGAGAACGCUGGCGACAACCUCAAGGAUCUAUUCAUCUGGUCAAAAGCCUCCCAAACUCUACCGUCACCGUCAUCCGGACUAGCAGUGAACCCCUGCAGCGCCAACAACGGAGGUUGCGCCGAGCUUUGUCUAUGGGACGGUGCCGGCGCGCAUUGCGCUUGCCCGCAUGGAGAUGUCGCUGCGGACGGCAAGAACUGUACCCCGUACCAAUCGUUCCUGAUGUAUUCGCGAGUGACCAAAAUUGACAGCAUCCAUUUACAAGACGAAAAGGACCUAAACUCUCCAUAUCUGCCGAUUCAAAACAAGGACCUAAUUAGGAUAGCGAUCAGCCUGGCUUACUGGUACGACGAAAAGCGGCUUUUCUACUCGGAUAUUCAACGCGGGGCCAUCGGCUCCGUGCAUUUCAACGGCACGGACCACAAGACGCUUCUUACAAAGAUGGGGGCAGUAGAAGGCAUGGUGUUCGAAUCCCGCACCAAAACGCUGUACUGGACGUGCAACAGUGCGACCGUGCGCCGCGUACACAUACCCUCGCUCGACGGGCUCGCUGACAACCAAUCCUCGCAGGCUUUAGUGCGCACUGUUAUACAGUUAGCGCCUGGUGACAGACCGAGAGGGAUAGAUGUGGAUUCCUGCGAGUCACGCUUAUACUGGACGAACUGGAACGACACGAACCCCCGCAUCCAGCGCGCCUACAGCAGCGGACACGAACUCGAGACCAUCAUCUCGAAAGACAUCCUCAUGCCCAACGGCUUGGCCAUAGAGCAUUCUACAAGGAUGCUGUACUGGGCAGACGCGAGGCUGGACAAGAUUGAACGAUCGCUGCUCGACGGGUCACAUAGACACAUCGUCGUCCGCUCAGGGGCGGAGCACCCGUUCGACGUGGCGGCCUGCGACGGCUACGUGUACUGGUCGGACUGGGUCGGUCGCGCGAUUUUAAGAGCAGACGCGAGGGGCGGUAACACACGCGCGCUGCGUAAGGACCUACCGCGCCCUAUGGGGCUUGUGUGUGUCACUCCCACGCAUCAAACUUGCUCCCCAGACCCCUGCGCUACCCUCAACGGCGGCUGCGCGGAGCUCUGCACCCUCUCCGCCGAAGGCGUCGUCUGCGCCUGCCGCCCCGGCCGGGAACUGAACCCGGACCACAGCUCCUGCCGUCCCACCGCUACUCACUGCGACGACGGACAGUUCGCGUGCGCCGAGGGCCUGUGUAUACCUGAAGAGCUGGUGUGUGAUGGCGUCAAUAAUUGUGGAUCGAGAGACGCUAGCGAUGAGGACCUUUACUACUGUACAUCCCGUGUGUGUCCGGCCGAUAUGACGCCGUGCGGCGCCGGAGGGCGCUGCGUGCGUACUUCGUCCUUAUGCGACGGUUUCGACGACUGUGAUGACGGAUCAGAUGAGAGCUCCUGCGAGUGCCCCGCCCAGCAGUACAGAUGUUCGGACGGCAUGUGCGUGCCGGUGUCGUCCCGCUGCGACGGGCUGGUGGACUGCCUGGACGGGUCGGACGAGGCGGGCUGCCCGCGCGGCUCGUGCGCGGCGCUGGGCGCGGGCGCGGCGCCCUGCGGCGGCGGCGGCUGCUUCCUGCCCGAGUGGCGCUGCGACGGCGCCAGGGACUGCCCCGACGCUACCGACGAACAGGGCUGCGAAGUAGACAGCACGACCCGCAGCUCCAUGCACUCUUUAGCCCCAUGCGACGUGGACCAGUUCACCUGCGGAAGCCCUGAGCGUGGCGACAUCGAGUGUAUACCUCUAACGUGGCGGUGCGACGGCGUGGUGGACUGCUCUGACGGGUCUGACGAGACUCUCCACUGCGUUACAGAAGUAGACAGCACGACCCGCAGCUCCAUGCACUCUUUAGCCCCAUGCGACGUGGACCAGUUCACCAGCGGAAGUCCUGAGCGUGGCGACAUCGAGUGUAUACCUCUAACGUGGCGGUGCGACGGCGUGGUGGACUGCUCUGACGGGUCUGACGAGACUCUCCACUGCGUUACAGAAGUAGACAGCACGACUCGUAGCUCCAUGCACUCUUUAGCCCCAUGCGACGUGGACCAGUUCACCUGCGGAAGCCCUGAGCGUGGCGACAUCGAGUGUAUACCUCUAACGUGGCGGUGCGACGGCGUGGUGGACUGCUCUGACGGGUCUGACGAGACUCUCCACUGCGGUCACAAGAACACAACGAAAUGCACAGCGGACCAGUUCUCGUGCGGCGCGCUAUGUUUGCCGCUGAGCGCGCGCUGCGACGGCGCCGCGGACUGCCCGCGCGGGGAGGACGAGGCCGACUGCUCGUGCGCGCCUACUGCCUUCCGCUGUGCCGGCGACAAGAUCUGCCUGCACGAGGUAGGUCACUACGCUCGCUGCGACGGCGCCGCGGACUGCCCGCGCGGGGAGGACGAGGCCGACUGCUCGUGCGCGCCUACUGCCUUCGGCUGUGCCGGCGACAAGAUCUGCCUGCACGAGCGCUCGCUGCGACGGUGCCGCGGACUGCCCGCGCGGGGAGGCCGAGGCCGACUGCUCGUGCGCGCCUACUGCCUUCCGCUGUGCCGGCGACAAGAUCUGCCUGCACGAGGUAGGUCACUAGUAUACCACUCACUACAUUGUCUCACUCUAACUCCGCUGAGCGCGCGCUGCGACGGCGCCGCGGACUGCCCGCGCGGGGAGGACGAGGCCGACUGCUCGUGCGCGCCUACUGCCUUCCGCUGUGCCGGCGACAAGAUCUGCCUGCACGAGCGCUCGCUGCGCCGGUGCCGCGGACUGCCCGCGCGGGGAGGACGAGGCCGACUGCUCGUGCGCGCCUACUGCCUUCCGCUGUGCCGGCGACAAGAUCUGCCUGCACGAGGUAGGGCACUAGUAUACCACUCACUACAUCUGUCUCACUCUAACUCCGCUGAGCGCUCGCUGCGACGGCGCCGCGGACUGCCCGCGCGGGGAGGACGAGGCCGACUGCUCGUGCGCGCCUACUGCCUUCCGCUGUGCCGGCGACAAGAUCUGCCUGCACGAGGUAGGGCACUAGUAUACCACUCACUACAUCUGUCUCACUCUAACUCCGCUGAGCGCUCGCUGCGACGGCGCCGCGGACUGCCCGCGCGGGGAGGACGAGGCCGACUGCUCGUGCGCGCCUACUGCCUUCCGCUGUGCCGGCGACAAGAUCUGCCUGCACGAGGUAGGGCACUAGUAUACCACUCACUACAUCUGUCUCACUCUAACUCCGCUGAGCGCUCGCUGCGACGGCGCCGCGGACUGCCCGCGCGGGGAGGACGAGGCCGACUGCUCGUGCGCGCCUACUGCCUUCCGCUGUGCCGGCGACAAGAUCUGCCUGCACGAGGUAGGGCACUAGUAUACCACUCACUACACCUGCCUCACUCUAACUCCGCUGAGCGCUCGCUGCGACGGCGCCGCGGACUGCCCGCGCGGGGAGGACGAGGCCGACUGCUCGUGCGCGCCUACUGCCUUCGGCUGUGCCGGCGACAAGAUCUGCCUGGCCUGUACUGCGACGGCGACGUGGACUGCUCGGACGGGUCGGACGAGCCGCCGGGCUGCAGCCGCGCGGCCCCCUCCCCCGCCCCCUCGUGCGCGGCGCCGGGCGCGCUGGCGUGCGCGGGGCGCUGCCUCCCCGCCGAGCUGGUGUGCGACGGCCGAGACCACUGCGCGGACGGCGGCGCAGGCAGCGAUGAGGACCCCUUCAUGUGCUCAUCAUAUUCCCGCGCAACAGCCUCGGACGCAGCGCUAGGGGUCGCUGCGAGCUCCCGCUCGGCCUGCGCGGCCGGCGAGUGGCAGUGCGCCAACCGCGCAUGCGUGCCGCGCGCCGCGCUCUGCGACGGACAGGACCACUGCGGGGACUUCAGCGACGAGAGGAGAUGCAAUAUAAACGAGUGCUCGAUCCGCAACGGCGGCUGCUCGCAGAACUGCACCGACCUGCCCGUGGGCUACGCGUGCUGGUGCCGCGCCGGCUACCGCCGCGCCGGCCCGCAGUGCCGCGACGUGGACGAGUGCGCGGAGCUGGCGUGCGACCACGGCUGCAGGAAUACAAUUGGCAGCUUCCAUUGCAAAUGCGAGAAAGGCUACAGGCUCAUGGAGGACGGGCUCAGCUGUGCGCCGAUCUCAAACGAGCCAGCAUCCCUUAUCUUCACGAACCGCUACUACAUCCGUCGAGUCACCCUGGACCCUUCGCACACCAGCUCUCUCCUCAUCCACGACCUCACCAACGCCGUAGCGCUCGAUAUGGAGUGGGAGAAACGGUGUCUCUACUGGAGCGACGUUGCGAGACUUGGCAGUUCCAUUAAGAGGGCUUGUAGCGAGCCCGGACAGAACUCCUCGGGAUAUCAGCUUCUCCACGGCGCGACUCUUCAAAACCCCGACGGUUUGGCCGUUGACUGGGUAGCAGGAAACAUCUACUGGUGCGAUAAAGGCACUGACACACUUGAGGUGUCGCGUACCGACGGUGCGCAUCGUCGAGUGCUUUUACGCACCGGGCUUCAGGAACCAAGGGCGUUGGCAUUACACCCCGCUAGAGGCACCAUCUACUGGUCCGACUGGGGCACCAACGCGCACAUAGGCCGCGCUGGCAUGGACGGGUCCACGCCUUCUAUCAUCAUCAGCGCUGGACUCGGCUGGCCUAAUGCCUUGGUCAUAGCCCAUGCUUCGAAUGAACUGUAUUUUGCUGAUGCGAGAGAGGACUAUAUCGCUGUCGCGGAUUUGGAUGGGAAGCAUGUCAAAGUGCUGUUCUCUAGAGAUCGCAUGCCCUGGCUCCGUUUACACCACGUGUUCGCGUUGACCGUGUGGCAAGGCCGUAUAUACUGGAGUGAUUGGGAGACUAGGGCCAUAGAGAGCUGCCGCCGGCGACCCGACCCACACUACAAACCGAACGCUACAGAAGACCCUAGCUCGGGCGGGGCCUACGAGUGCAAGACGAUAGCGCAUACCGUCCACAAGCCUAUGGAUUUACGUGUCCACCACCCGGCCAGGCAACCAGCCUCACCAGAAUUGACGGCGCUCUGUGCAAAACUGAAUUGCACUGGUCUCUGCCUCCUCACACCGGCUACAAAGGACAAGCCGGUGGGCGCGCGCUGCGAGUGCCCCGAACACUUCGUGCUGCAGCCUGACGGGCGUAGCUGUUCGCCGAACUGUACGAGCGCGCACUUCGUAUGCAACACGACGCUUAAGUGCGUCCCGUUCUGGUGGCGCUGCGACACGCAGGAUGACUGCGGCGAUGGAUCCGACGAGCCGGAGUCCUGCCCAUCGUUCCGGUGCUCCCCGGGACAGUUCCAGUGUGGAAAUGGCGGUCGAUGUCUCCAUCCCGCUCUAAUAUGCGACGCCACGCCGCACUGCGCCGACGGGAGCGACGAGAAAGACUGCGACACGUUCACCUGCCUGUCAUCGCAGUUCAAAUGCCAGGGCAACGUGACGGCGGGCAUACCGGCCCGCUGCGUGUCGGGCGCGGCGCGAUGCGACGGGCAGCGCGACUGCCCCGCAGGUGAAGACGAGUUCAACUGCCCGCCGCGCUCGUGCAAGCCCGACCAUUUCAUGUGCGGCGACGGGUCGUGCGUGCCGGGCGUGUGGGUGUGCGACGCGGACGCGGACUGCGCGGACGGCGCCGACGAGGGCGCGCACUGCGUCGCGCGCAUGUGCCCGCCGAGGCACUUCCGCUGCGCCUCCGGCCGCUGCAUCCCCAGAGACUGGCAGUGCGACGCCGAGGCGGACUGUCCGCUCCGCGAGGACGAGGCGGACUGCGGCACGGGCGCGCGGCCCGGCUGCGAGGCGACCUACUUCCGGUGCGCGGACGGCCGCUGCAUCCCGGGCCGCUGGCGCUGCGACUUCGAGGACGACUGCGGAGACUUCAGCGACGAGCUGCACUGCGAGCCCAGGAACUGCUCCGAGACCGAGUUCAGAUGUUCCAACGGCGAAUGCAUACGUGGCGCCUUGCGUUGCUCCGGGGCGGCGGAAUGUGCCGACGGUUCCGACGAGAUUGGCUGCGCGCCUUUAUGUGCUGCUAGAGCUAGGCCGUGUGGCAGACACAAGGAUUGUGUGCUACGCGAGUGGUGGUGCGACGGGUCGGUGGACUGCGCGGACGGGUCGGACGAGGCGGCGUGCGCGGCGCCGGCCGCGCCCGCGUGCGGCGCGCGCCUGGCCUGCGCCGGCGCACGCUGCGCGCCCGCCGCCUGGCGCUGCGACGGCCGCCAAGACUGCGUGGCGGGGGGAGACGAACAGGGCUGCGAGCGACACGCCUGCCAACCACCCAUGUUCAGAAGGGACUUUAUGGCAGGGGGAGUCGAGGAGGGGUGCGAGCGACACGCCUGCCAGCCGCGCAUGUUCAGAUGCGGCAACGACUCGUGCCUGCCGUCCGCCCUGCUCUGCGACGGCUACGGCGACUGUCCCGACGGCUCAGACGAGAACCCCAUCAUGUGCAGCAGACGUUCAUCGGAGUCUGUGUGCGACCCGGACGAGCGCAUGUGCGGCGACGGCCGCUGCGUGCCCGCAGGCGCGGACUGCGACACUGGCGAAGAGGGCCCUUGUACGUGGCGCUCGUGUUCGCAGGUGUGCAUACCGAAGCACGCACACAACCACACUUGCAAAUGCUUGGAAGGCUACAAACAUAGACAACUGCCGGAUAACACUUGGACUUGCGAAGCGAUUGGUGAGAAGGCGCAAGCUAUAGUAGCUGUCAACGGGUCGCUCCGCGCUUGGGAGCUCACGAAGAGAGAGAAGGACUCGCGGGUGCUGUAUAUAGCGGGUGACGAAAGUGUCGAAAUAACAUCAAUCACUACUGCCCUUGUUGGUAACUCCUGGCUGGUAUGGUGGUCGGACACUUCAGGAAGACUGUCAACCAUGGACGCCACACACGCGCUUCAAGCUGACACCACCACCGUCGUGCGCCCGCCAGUUAAAGUCAUAGUUCAAGACACGGCUAUAAUACGGGGUGUGACCUUCGACUGGGUGUCCGGGCGUCUGUACUACACGGCCGUUACUAAAGGUGGAGAUGACGAGGGGUAUUCGCGUGGCGGUUUCGGUGCGGUCUACGUGUGUGCUCCGGACGGCCGGCGGCGCGUCACGCUCAUGCGGCGGAAGAACGCCGAGCCGGACGAUAUCCUUAUACAUAACGCCACCAGACAAAUAUUCUGGUCGGACCGCGGCGGCACCCCGGGCAUCAUGGCGGCCGGGCUCGACGGCGCCGACCCGCGCUGGCUCGUCAAGCGCCGCGUCCGGCGUGUGACAGCCCUAGCUCUGUCCACAGACAGACUGUACUUCGUGGACGCGUACUACGAUACGCUGGAGAGUGUCAAGUUCGAUGGCAGCGCUAGGGUUGUGCUGGCCACGUUCGCUAAGCGGCCCGCUGGCGCGCCCGCGGUACAUCUACCUAGCGGUACAGGUGAGUGACACCUAGCUGUAUCCACAGAUAUACUGUACUUCGUGGACGCGUACUACGAUACGCUGGAGAGUGUCAAGUUCGAUAGCAGCACUAGGGUUGUGCUGGCCACGUUCGCUAAGCGGCCCGCUGGCGCGCCCGCGCUACAUCUACCUAGCGAUACAGGCAACUCGACCUACAAGCCGUUCCCGGUGCCCACGGCGUCGUGCGCCCGGCUGGCGGGCUGGGAGGACUGGCUGUGGUGCGCGGGGCGGCGCGGGCUGGCGCGCCUCCCCCGCCGCCCCGCCGCCCCCGCCGUCGCCCCCCGGGCGCUGCUGCCCGUCUCCGCGCUAGCUGUGGUACACCCGCAGCUGUGCAGGGCUGCUGGUGAGUACACGCCACAGACUACAUGCUGGGAGGACUGGCUGUGGUGCGCGGGGCGGCGCGGGCUGGCGCGCCUCCCCCGCCGCCCCGCCGCCCCCGCCGUCGCCCCCCGGGCGCUGCUGCCCGUCUCCGCGCUAGCUGUGGUACACCCGCAGCUGUGCAGGGCUGCUGGUGAGUACACGCCACAGACUACAUGCUGGGAGGACUGGCUGUGGUGCGCGGGGCGGCGCGGGCUGGCGCGCCUCCCCCGCCGCCCCGCCGCCCCCGCCGUCGCCCCCCGGGCGCUGCUGCCCGUCUCCGCGCUAGCUGUGGUACACCCGCAGCUGUGCAGGGCUGCUGCGGAUCCAUGCUUGCUUCCAAACGCGACCGGGGCGUGCCACUCUAGCGCACUGUGUGUACGCAGUGCAGCCGCUGACUUCGCCUGCCUGUGCCCCGACGGACUUACUGCCAUCAACACCACUUCCGAACCGAAGGACCGCGAAUGCAUCAUCACCCCCGCCGCGACCCCCGCCGAGGGUUCCUGCCCUCUCGACUGCGGGCCUGGCUCCUGUGUCGUGUCCCCAUCAGGGGCCCCUUACUGCCAAUGUGGACCCCUGUACAGCGGCACAAGGUGCCAGCACUACAGGUGCGGGGCACAUUGCAAUAGGAGGGGGAAGUGUGUGGUGGAAAAAGACGGCAGCACGCUUAAGUGCCAAUGCUUCUCCGGUUACACAGGCGACCGUUGCGAAACCGAAGUGAUGCCCGCAGUGUCGCCCUGCGCGACGUGGCAGUGCGACAACGGUGGCACGUGUCGCGAGACGAGAGGGAUAGCACGAUGCGUCUGUGCCUCUGGAUAUACAGGCACCCACUGCGAGCGAUGCGACGGCGACAUGAACGGGGUCUGCGCCCCCGGCAGCGUCUGCGAGCUGACCCCCGCCGGCCCUAAAUGUAGCCCCUACUUGUGUCAGGGGCUCUGCCAGAAUCAGGGCACCUGCGUAGUAUCGUCAUCCGGGCGCGUAUCCUGCGUUUGCCCCUCCGAAUGGUCGGGCGCGCGCUGCGAGCGGCGCGCGUGCGUGGACGCGGCGUGCGCCACGCACGGCGCGCACGGCACGCACGUCACGCACGACACGCACGGCGCCAACGACGUGCAGGACAGGCUCAAGUUCGGCGAGGAUGACCACGAUUACAAGCCACAUGGAAAACACCCGAAAUCACCAUUCUGCAGUCACGGCGACUGCGAGAAUGGCGGCCGCUGCAUAGCCACGUCGGCGGGCAGCCGCUGCGAGUGCAAGGGGGCCUACGGGGGGCCCUUCUGUGGCCACUAUGUGGGCCACGGACACGCGUGUACCACGGCGAACUGUAGGCCACCGUCGCUCUGCGUGUGGACUCCAGUCGACGACCCAAUGCUGCCGGGGCAACCGUUCUGCGCCUGCAUAGAGGGAGCCAGCUGCACUCCGCCGCACGACCGUAUAGCGGAGGCCGCGCCCAGUUCAGGAGGCGCGUGGGCCGGGGCCGGGGUCGCGGUGCUGCUGCUGCUGGUCGCUGUGGGAGCGGCGACAUACGUACUGUACAGGAGGCGACAAGGGCGCUGGUUGCUAGCUCAGGACCGUGUAGCGGAGGCCGCGCCCAGUUCAGGAGGCGCGUGGGCCGGGGCCGGGGUCGCGGUGCUGCUGCUGCUGGUCGCUGUGGGAGCGGCGACAUACGUACUGUACAGGAGGCGACAAGGGCGCUGGUUGCUAGCUCAGGACCGUGUAGCGGAGGCCGCGCCCAGUUCAGGAGGCGCGUGGGCCGGGGCCGGGGUCGCGGUGCUGCUGCUGCUGGUCGCUGUGGGAGCGGCGACAUACGUACUGUACAGGAGGCGACAAGGGCGCUGGUUGCUAGCUCAGGACCGUGUAGCGGAGGCCGCGCCCAGUUCAGGAGGCGCGUGGGCCGGGGCCGGGGUCGCGGUGCUGCUGCUGCUGGUCGCUGUGGGAGCGGCGACAUACGUACUGUACAGGAGGCGACACUCAGGACCGUGUAGCGGAGGCCGCGCCCAGUUCAGGAGGCGCGUGGGCCGGGGCCGGGGUCGCGGUGCUGCUGCUGCUGGUCGCUGUGGGAGCGGCGACAUACGUACUGUACAGGAGGAGACAGUGAGUUACUCUACUGCAUCAUGGCGCUGGUUGCUAGCUCAGGACCGUGUAGCGGAGGCCGCGCCCAGUUCAGGAGGCGCGUGGGCCGGGGCCGGGGUCGCGGUGCUGCUGCUGCUGGUCGCUGUGGGAGCGGCGACAUACGUACUGUACAGGAGGCGACAAGGGCGCUGGUUGCUAGCUCAGGACCGUGUAGCGGAGGCCGCGCCCAGUUCAGGAGGCGCGUGGGCCGGGGCCGGGGUCGCGGUGCUGCUGCUGCUGGUCGCUGUGGGAGCGGCGACAUACGUACUGUACAGGAGGAGACAAGGGCGCUGGUUGCUAGCUCAGGACCGUGUAGCGGAGGCCGCGCCCAGUUCAGGAGGCGCGUGGGCCGGGGCCGGGGUCGCGGUGCUGCUGCUGCUGGUCGCUGUGGGAGCGGCGACAUACGUACUGUACAGGAGGCGACAAGGGCGCUGGUUGCUAGCUCAGGACCGUGUAGCGGAGGCCGCGCCCAGUUCAGGAGGCGCGUGGGCCGGGGCCGGGGUCGCGGUGCUGCUGCUGCUGGUCGCUGUGGGAGCGGCGACAUACGUACUGUACAGGAGGCGACACGGCGCGUUCGUGCACGCGCGCCUAGCGGAUAACGUGGAGAUCAGUAAUCCGAUGUAUUUGGCGGACGACGAACCGCCGAGAAGAGACCUACUACCGCCACCUAGAGAGAAUGGCGGCAACCAUUUCGCCAACCCGGUGUACGAGAGCAUGUACGCGCCGAGCGUGCCCCAGCCCGAAGAGCAAAACUUGUUGGCGGACGCGUCUGACAGCUCGCCCGCUGAACGGGCCGCGCUGUUAUAAGCUACAGACAGACUGACAGACGAAUAUGUCUGUGGGAAAAGAGAGAUUUGAAAAAUGUACGCGCGAAUGUA